GUGUCCGCGCGGGCAGUAGGCAACGGCUAAGGCGACGGCGGCGGCGUGGGCUAGACUCAAGCGGGCGGUGGCACCUUAGACUCCCGGGAGCUGGAGCCCACGCGGGCGGGCGCCUGAAACAAAGGGAAGCGAGAGUCAGGGCGCCGCGGGUGGGCGGUCAGUCGGUCAGCGCGGAGCCGGCCAGCGGGUGCCGCGCAAGCCCCGAGAGCGGCCGGCCGGCGCGGCCUCAGGGCGGGAAGAUGCCGCGCGUCGUGCCUGACCAGAGAAGCAAGUUCGAGAACGAGGAGUUCUUCAGGAAGCUAAGCCGCGAAUGCGAGAUUAAGUACACGGGCUUCAGGGACCGUCCCCACGAGGAGCGCCAGGCGCGCUUCCAGAACGCCUGCCGCGACGGCCGCUCGGAAAUCGCUUUUGUGGCCACAGGAACCAAUCUGUCUCUCCAGUUUUUUCCGGCCAGCUGGCAGGGAGAACAACGACAGACACCUAGUCGGGAGUAUGUCGACUUAGAAAGAGAAGCGGGCAAGGUGUAUCUGAAGGCUCCCAUGAUUCUGAAUGGAGUCUGUGUUAUCUGGAAAGGCUGGAUUGAUCUCCAGAGGCUGGAUGGUAUGGGCUGCCUGGAGUUUGAUGAAGAGCGAGCCCAGCAGGAGGAUGCAUUAGCACAACAGGCCUUUGAAGAGGCCCGGAGAAGGACCCGUGAAUUUGAAGACAGAGACCGGUCUCAUCGAGAGGAAAUGGAGGUGAGAGUUUCCCAGCUGCUGGCAGUAACUGGCAAGAAGACAACAAGACCCUAGUCCUGGUUCCAAUUUAGGUGGUGGUGAUGACCUCAAACUUCGUUAAUUAGCACAGCGGAUGUGCCCACCCAUCUUUACAUUUACAUUGUUUCUAGUCAGCAGAAAUAAUCAUUAAAAGACCAGAAACUGUGAUAACUGGAGGUACCACGGUCUAUUUCUCAACCUUAGGCAGUAACAAGACAUCACAAACUGCCAUGGUUUUGCACUAUGAAUAUAAUACCUGCAUUUCUAAUUUUGUAUGCAUGUAGCCAGUAAUUUGAAUUUUUUUCUAUGCAAGCUUACCUUGUUGGCAUUAUUUUAAAUGAGUUGAAACUAUCCACUUGUAAAGCUCUUUUUUCCUCCAUUUUAAUUUAAAAGUUUAUGUCAUUUAAAAAUAAGUCAAGAAAUUAAAAUUUUUGUCAGAGGGUUUUUUCAAACCCUAAUCAGUUGUUCUAAUUAUUUUUUGGAAUUUUAGGUGUGUUGGUUAUACAACUUCAUUUUAGAUAGACAUUCUUGGUUAUUUGUUUUGUUUCUGUGUUUUUAUAGUCUAUGGCAUUUUAAAACUGCUGAUGUGUUUGCAUUAUUUACAAGCUAAAGACCUAGUAGCAUAGAGCUGUCUGCCACAGCCUUUUAACACAAAGUUUACAGUUGUUAAAGUUGCAGUAUCCUUUUAAUUGUUAAUAAUCAACUCCUUUUUCUUUCCUCCUUAAACAUAAAAAAAUUUAAUUGGUAUUAACUCUAAUCUGCCCCAGAUCUGUUUUACAUUCUGUUCUGUAAUCACGAGUUUGUGUGAAGAUAACUCUCCAUAGAUGGUAAUACUCUACUGAAAUGCCUAAAGAAGUCACAGGCUGGCUUCUGUUUUAUUCAGGGAUUUUUUUUUUAAGUCAAUCAGAAAAAGGGAUACUGGAGCUCCUUCAUGUAUGUAACAGCAUAUUAAACUGGAGACAGUGAUGAAUCAGCUACCAAGGUAAUAUUGUAUUAAAAUCAUGUUUAAGAUAGCUGCUUUUAUGUGUAUUUUAUAAUGCAUGCUUUUGUAAAAACAAUGGGUGAUAAAAGAUUAGUCUUAGAGAGAAAAUGUUCAUCUGUGCAGAGGAUACAUUUUCUUUGUUAAUUAUUCUGGAAAAAAACUCAUAGGUUAUAUAUAUGGUAUUUUCCAGAAGGACUAUUAACAGAACCUUUUGAGAUGAAUUAGUAUAAGAAUAUUUUUAAACUAGGCUCACUAUCAAAUUGAAUGCAACUUUUUUUUUAAUACAAGACUAGAAAAAAGUGCUAAGUCAUUUUGCACCUCCUUAAAAAUAUUUUUCAUGGUCACAUUCAUUAACUGUUACUACAUUUCUGAAUUUUUGCAAAAAUGUAUUUUAUCGUAAUAGAAUGGCAUUAUUUUAAACAGUUUGAAAAACUGACAUAGUCAAUUCAGAAAAGGAACUGAAGUCUGAAUAAGGUCAUCGCGUUUAAAACACCCACACACACACACACACACAUAUAUACU